GCUCAUUCUGCCAGGAGGACGCACACACAUUAGCACCCUCAGCCCAGAAGCUGCCGGGGACACUUAAUACAAGUGGGACCCCCUGGCAGCUACCCCCUGGGGCACCACAGCCCCCCCUCCUCACUUCUUCUCCUUCUUCCUCCUCCUGCUCCCCCUCUCUCUCCCUUCUCUCCUCUUCCUCCUCCAGAAACAUAACAUGAACAAGUCAAUCAUAUGGACAUGUCUCAUUAUUCACUGAGCUCCAGCAUUUUGCAAGCAUCAAGCACUUUGUCCGGGGAUCUGUGCUGAGCCGAUGCAAGCACCAACCAGCAUAGUCCAGUGUUCUACAUCCUGAUCUCGUGUGGGCAAGACAUUGACCCAUUGUGGCUUCUUAAUCGAAUGGGACUACUGAAACUGAAGUCUGCUUAAGAUAAUUAAGGCCAGGACACAAAGUGCUACAAGCAGAAGUGUGGAAGGUCUGGAAGAAAUAUAUAUACAAGUGCAGACAUUAUGAAUAUUUUUUAAGCUUGCUUGUAAUAGAGAACAAUGUUCUUCCUGACCUAAAAAUAUCUUCAGCCACCUCUGCUCAGGGAAAUGUCCAGGUCCCACCAUGAUGUGCAUAAAGGAGUGCUUUAAUGUGUGUUUGAAUUGAAGUAAAGUACACCCAUGGUUAAUCCAAUCUGCGUCUUUUUAAGUGAUUCUAUAGCUGUGCUUCCUGCCCCAUAAUUACCUCGAACAGAUUCCAGUCCUGCAUAUACCUCCAUCAAACAUUCAAUUGACUUUUGAGUGCAAGAUCUACAGGAGAAGAAAAGGAAGAUUGACGGCCCCUGUUGAAAAGCUCUGCCUGGUCCAAGAAGCCCAGUGUCUUCAUCAGACUGUCUGCCCUUAAACCAAGCAUGCAGUUGAGUUGUUGAGGGAUGGAGGAAGCUAGUUUGUGCCUUGGAGUUUCUUCGGCUGUGCCUGACGUUGACACUCACCUCAAUAACUCUUUGCUUAAUGGCCAGUAUUCAAUGAGUCAAAAGCUGCAUCAGAUCACAUCCCAGCUCAGUCACGCCUUCCCGGAGCUGCAGAACCGUCAAAAAACUGAGGACAAGUCUGCAGCACCCAUUGACGAAAAAAGUCAUGUGUCAAUGACAAAUCAACCAAUCAGCAGUCAGAUGGCUUUGUUAGCCAACCAACUGAAUCGAGAGGUUGACAGUGGUCUUAAUGGAAGAGUAGACCUUCAACAGUUUCUAAAUGGACAAAACCUUGGGAUCAUGUCCCAAAUGAGUGAUAUUGAGGAUGAUGCAAGAAAGAAUAGAAAGUACCCUUGUCCACUUUGUGGGAAACGUUUCCGUUUUAAUAGCAUUUUAUCUCUACACAUGCGUACACACACUGGUGAAAAACCCUUUAAGUGUCCAUAUUGUGACCAUAGAGCAGCCCAGAAAGGUAACCUGAAGAUUCAUUUACGUACUCACAAACUUGGUAAUCUUGGCAAGGGUCGAGGGAGGGUGAGAGAAGAAAACCGCCUUUUGCAUGAAUUGGAGGAAAGAGCAAUAUUGAGAGACAAACAAAUGAAAAGCAGCCUUCUUCAACCUCGACUGGAUGUGAAACCACAACAGCAGCACUUACAGCAAUCUCCAUUAUCUAAUUGUCAUAUCUCUGUGCAACCUAAUCACAGUACGUCUGAUGUUUCCAGCAAAGCACCUUCUCCCAAACCUUCAGUCGUUCAAGAAGAAGCAAUAGCUCCUACAACUGGAUUCAGAUGCACUUUUUGCAAAGGAAAGUUUAAGAAAAGAGAGGAACUUGAUAGACAUAUCAGAAUUUUGCACAAGCCUUACAAGUGCACUCUUUGUGAUUUUGCUGCUUCUCAAGAGGAAGAAUUGAUUAGUCAUGUUGAAAAAGCUCACAUUACAGCUGAGUCCGUGCAAGGUCAAGGGUCAAGCGGAAAUGGGGAGCAGUCGGUCAACGAGUUCCGCUGUGAGGUGUGUGGACAGAUCUUUAGUCAGGCUUGGUUCUUGAAAGGCCACAUGCGAAAACAUAAGGAUUCUUUUGAGCACUGUUGUCAGAUAUGUGGAAGACGAUUCAAAGAGCCUUGGUUCUUGAAGAACCAUAUGAAGGUUCAUCUGAACAAGUUGUCUAUAAAGAAUAAAUCCCCCAGUGAAGCCGAAGUGCCAGUAUCCAUGAGUAGUGUUUCUCAAGAAUCCCAUGCAAAUCUCUACUCCAGAUAUAUAUCAUGUUUGCAAAGUGGCUUCAUGCCAUCUGAGAAAGCAAGCUUGAGUGAACAUGGUCACAUCUACAACAAAGGAGAUUUGAAAGACAAGGAGGUUCUGGGUAAGCUGCUGUCACCAAUUGCUAACUUGGCCCAUAACAUGUCUGAAAGCGAUAAGCAUUCUUUACUUGGCUCUCUAAACCUGGUGCCUCCCUUGAAAUCCAGCUGCAUAGAACGAUUGCAAGCUGCAGCCAAGGCUGCUGAGAUGGAUCCAGUAAACAGCUACCAAGCCUGGCAACUAAUGGCCAGAGGAAUGGCUAUAGAGCACAGCUUCCUGUCUAAAGAGUCACAGAUCCAGCGUAACCAUGAAGAUUCAUUAGCAAAUUCUGGGGUUCUAUUUGACAAAGAAAAGAGGGAGUAUGUGAUUGUAGGACCAGAUGGCUCCAAACAGAAAAUGCAAUCUGAUUUAGUUCAUGGCUCUAAAAUUUGCAGUCAGAGAGAUGUGCCAUCCAAACUUGAACUUUUAGAAAGCAGUAGAGAUUUUUUGUCCCAUGGCAUAAACCAGGGCCAUGAGUACAACAUGCAUGGACCCAUAAAAGAUAAGCCAACUGAAUGUCCUGACUGUGGUAGAGUCUUCCGAACCUAUCACCAAGUUGUUGUACACUCACGAGUCCACAAAAGAGAUAGAAAGGUGGAAGAAGAGACAAUUCAUAUGAACCUUGAAGAACGUCGGGGAUCAGGAAGUGAUCAAGAGUCUCAAUCCAUGAGCCGAUCUACCACCCCUGGGUCGUCUAACAUCACUGAAGAGAGCGGAACAGGUGGUGCCCUUUCUCAAGCAGGAAGUGCACAGGAAGAUAGCCCGCACCCGUCAUCUCCCUCUUCUUCAGAUAUGGGGGACGACACUGGAAGAUGUACAGGAGCACAACAACAAGCUAUGAUGAGGGACAGAAACCUGGGCUCAACUAUGAAGGACUGUCCUUACUGUGGGAAAACCUUUAGGACUUCACAUCACCUAAAGGUGCAUUUGAGGAUACACACAGGUGAGAAGCCUUACAAAUGUCCUCACUGUGACUAUGCUGGCACCCAGUCGGCAUCUUUGAAGUACCACCUGGAACGCCACCACAGGGAAAGGCAGAAUGGCUCUGGCCCACUUCCUGGUAAUGGACAUCCUUCAAACCAGGACCAUAAAGAUGAGACAGCAAAUAAGAGCUCCCUCUUUAUGAGACCAGACAUAUUACGAGGAGCAUUCAAAGGCCUUCCUGGAAUUGACUUUAGAAGUGGGAUGAUGUCCCAACAGUGGCAGACAGGGUUGAUGUCGUCUGGAGACCGUCAGGGUCAGUCAAGUGGUAUAAGUUCUGAGUCUUCCUCGGAAGCUUUGAAGAAAUCUGAGAUGUCUUCAAAAGCACCUAGCAUUACAGAAUUUGCAAGAACAUACCCUAACAUUGUAGGCAAUGGUGUGAACUUUCAAGGGUCUUUGCAGGCUUUUAUGGACAGUUUUGUUUUAAAUUCUCUUAAGAAAGAAAAAGAAAUGAAGGAGAAGGCUUUACUUGACUCCCUUCCUCUAAAAUCCCCCAGGUCAGACAACAGUGAAGAUAAAUCAGAAAACAAAACACCUCAGAGGAAAAUGGAGAAAUCUCAGUAUGAACCUCUGGACUUGUCUGUAAGGCCAGAUGUCCAGUCUCUUCCAGGUUCAUCAGUCACAGUCCAAGACAACAUUGCUUGGCAUGGUUGUUUGUUCUGUUCAUUUACAACAUCAUCUAUGGAACUGAUGGCUCUUCAUCUCCAAGCGAACCAUCUCGGAAAAGCAAAACGUAAAGAUUGUACAAUGGGAGGGCUAGGGCACACUAAAGAUCAGUUGAGAGAGUCAUUGGGUGCAGCGAAUAAAGUUAUGGCCUCGUCUUCUUCAGUCCACAGUAGCAAGGAAAUGAUGACCUCAAAAAUGUCUGAAAAGGCUCUACAAGGCAACUCUAAAGAGACAUUAUCUGAUCAUAAAGGUUCUUCAUGGCCUAGUCAUAUGGAUGCUAUGUUUAAUAAUUUUCCAACUGAAUUCUAUAAGCAGUUUAGUGCAUAUCCAGGUUCAGUAGGAGCAAACAUGCAAAACAUGGACAUUGACUCUCAGUCACCGCCUGAUGAUGAUUCACAUGUGUUGCAUUGUGAUUCUGUAAAUACAGUUGCUACUGAUGAUAUCUCAGAUGAGUCCUCCUCUGAGGAUAUGGAAACAUGCAAAGAAGAUGAAAAUGAAGAGGAGGAAGUUGAAACAGAACCCGAAAAUAUGAAUACGGUUGAUGAACCAAACAAAGAAGAAAAUGACAUGGAAGAAACUGAGCUGAAUUCAACCCCUCUAAGAUCUUCAGAAAAUAUGGUGUCACCAUCAUCACAAAUGAUGGAAAAGCAGUGGCACCCAAAUCUUCCAUUACCCCCCGAUGCACCACAAAGCUCUGCAAAACUUGAUCAAGCACCAGUUCCUGAUGCUUUGGAGAAGCAGGUUAAUAUGCUCUCGGUUCUCCGAGCUUAUAGCUCCGAAGGCAUGGCUGCUUUUAACGGACUUGGAAGUAACACAGCAAACAGCGGAUGUAUGAAGAGACCGGAUCUAUGUGGUCAAAGGCCUUUUCAAUGCAGAUACUGCCCAUACAGUGCCUCUCAAAAGGGAAACCUGAAGACCCAUGUCCUAUGUGUCCAUCGAAUGCCUUUCGACAACAGUCAAUAUCCAGACCGUAGGUUCAAGCGCUCCAGGGUUGAACCAGCAGAGACUACUGGGAAUUCUGAAGAACUUGUACCUGCCAAACCUGGGAAUGUUUUGCAGCUUCCAGCAGAAGGCAGCAAACACCAGGAAUAAUGUUCUAUCAAGUCGGUCUGUAUACUGCAAUAUGACUUCCUAGUUGUCCAUUUAAUCCAUUUGUAGGAUGGGAAACCUCAGAUCAGUGCGGGAGACUUUGAAUGUCACAACCUACAAAUCCACCCCCUGCCUCUUAAGAAUUGGCUGUGGGACUGUUACCUAGCAACAAGAACUUCCAAACCAUGUAAUUUGGAUUAUAUAAGUGUAACCAGAGAACUGGUAUGGCAUCUCACAAUUUUUGAGUAAUGUUUGUCCAAUGCAAAAUGCUUUUAUCAGAAAAAUGAUACCGUCUAAAUGAUUCAAUGCUGCCUUGAAAAGAGCGAGGGAGGGGGAGGGGCACUGUGUUUUCAUCGUUGAAAACACCUUUAUAAUAUGACACCAGCUUCUGUCAUUAUCCGAGCAUAGUAAUGAGAUGAGUUGGUAGAUUGCCACGGUGCCAGUCUGACUGGAGCUGUCAUUACAGGGAAGAAAUCAAUUGAAGUGGUGUUACAACCGCACUGUAAGAGAAAUCUAAGACAGCCCACAAGCUGGGGUCACUACUGACCUACAGCAUAUUGGAAACUAAAAGGAUAAUACAAUAUUCCAUUUUCUGCGUCCUUCAGAUUCAGCCAAACAAUUCAUUCUGAGGAAAGAAUCUGUAGUAGAGACCACACACAGUGUAGUCUACCGGUCUUUUCAGCACUUGAAUAAAACUUUUGGAUUCUUUUUUUUUAUUUUUAUUCUUAUUCUUAUUUUUAUUCUAUAUAUUUUAAAAGAGCUCAGUGUUAUAGUUGAAUGGAAUUACAAGUUUAUGGAACUUUAUUUGUUCCUUUUAUUAAAAAAUAAAUAAUAUAUAAAAAUCACGAAAGUAGGUGAUUUUUGAAGUAUGGGGUUUAGGUGUAAUCCAGGCUAUAUAAAAAGUUUUAUAUGGCUUUUUUAGUCUCUAGCGGAGGCUGGAAAUUCAAAUCAAAUAUUCUUCCUAUUUUUGCAAAUUUUUGUUUAUAUUUAUGAUUUUUAUUUCUUUCGUUGCAAUGAUUCCAGUUUCCGAUUGUUGCAUUUUAAUUAAAAGGAUUCAGUCACAGCUCUUCAGAUUUUAAUUAUGCUCUUUGGUGAGACAAACUGAACUGGUGCUUUGUAUUAAAACUGUGAGAACUACUGUCAGAAUGUCUUGAAAAUAGUAAAAAAAAAAAAAAAAAAAAAGAUGACUCGGUAGAAGAGAGUAUCUUAAGUAGGCUGAGAGCAGGGUGUUGAUCCCAACAGCCUUAAAAAACCUAAAGCAGUUUUGCAAAGGUACUGAACUGCAAUUAAUGUAAAUAAUUCCGUAUGCUUUGCUCUGAGACUGGAAACAUAUCUCAGGAGAUUGAAGAGUACAAUUUACAUAUACUGCCUGAAAGAAAAGACACCAUAGUGAACCUUUUUUUUUCUGGGAGAUCAUAAUGUAAUGGACUCGCUUCACGUACAGCAAGCUGCUUCCUAUCUUUUAUUUUCUAGUAUAGUUCUUACUGCCUUACUUAUAUCAAGUCAAGAAAUUAUUAAAGAAAUGCAACUGUUUCAGAGCUCUUCAAAAGAAGGAUUAAAAUAAUGUUGACAUUUUUUUUUGUCUGUAGUAAGCUUUAGAAUUUUAAGUGCACUACUGUGUUUGGUGACAAUGUCAGUCGCUUGCUAUGUGUGUUUGCGCCGCUGCCUUCAAUAUCUUAGCAAAAAGAAUAAAAAAAUAAAGAAAUACAUAAAAGAACAAAAAUGUAAAAACACACACAAAAAAAACCCAUUCCAUUUCUUGCACUUUUUAUCUACAUCAGUAUUUUUGUGUCCUCUGAGAAUUUUCAGAUAAGACAGGCAAUAAUUUUGUUUGUGACACUGGAUACAUCUCUUGUUCCCUGUGACGUGUGUGUAUGUUGAGCCCAUAGUCCAGUGCUACUACCCUGUGUAUCCCAGCUAUUCUUUCCUGCAGUCCCCACAUCUCCAAGCCUCCAGUUCGACAGAGACUUUUUCAUUUUCUUUUUCCUUCUAAAGAUCAUUUGUAAAUUGUAGUCCUGGUAAGAGACAGCGGCAGUGAUACAUUGUCAGCUUCUGAACAUUAUCAUGCUCUUCAUAUAUAAACAUGUCAUGUUUUUUCCCUCUGUAACGCCUAUUGUCUGUAGUUCUGGUCAUAAUAAUAUUGUCUACAUUCCUACACAGAGAAAUGAACAUUUUCCCAUCUUGGAGAAUAUCUGAGAAUGAUAGAGUAGAGGAAUCUGUUGCUAUGCUUGUAACAAGUAGAGGACUUUGUAUUUAAACUUGGUCAUUAUUUAUUAUUAAAUGAUACAUCAGUUGACAUAACUUUAUUCUGGUAAAAAUAUGUAUUACAUUUUUUUUUUUUUUUUUUGCAGCAAUGACUGUUUUUU